CGCUUCGGUUGUCCGUGUGACAAGCUCGUGAGUGUCCAUAAUUAACGACUCAGCGCAAAAUUUUUGUCAGGCACAAGUUUACGCUAUGAUUUCGGUUCUUUUUUCCUUGAUUGUGAUACUUGUCGUGGUCUGCGCCCUCAAAUCAAUAAUUAAACCUAAAAAUUAUCCUCCAGGUCCGAAAUGGUAUCCAUUUCUCGGCUCCGGUAAUGUUGUACGGACUCUGGCAAAGAAGCAUAACUCACAAUGGAAAGCAUUUUAUGAACUCUCAAAGCAAUAUUCAACGAAUGUCCUUGGUCUGAAACUGGGUGGAGAAAAUUAUGUAGUGGUUUAUGGUGAGAAAAAUCUUCAACAAGCAUUCUCGGCGUUGGAAUUCGACGGACGACCGAACAGCUUUUUUAUUAAAUUGCGGUGUCUCGGGGAAAAAAUGGGUGUUACUUUUACUGAUGGCUCUUUAUGGAAAGAACACAGGCAUUUCACUAUGAAAUAUUUGAAAAAUGUCGGUUUUGGAAGAGCGUUAAUGGAGAAAGACAUCCAAACAGAAUUAUCCCACAUAAUACAGAAAAUUAUGAAUAGUAAUAAAUCAGUAAAUCCAAAAGAAGUAUUUGCGUCCGCGGUUAUGAAUGUUCUAUGGAAAUCAGUUGCAGGAGAACGAAUAAAUGAAGACCGCUUGAAAUAUCUAAUAGACUUAUUGGGCGCACGCUCCAUAGCUUUCUCUAUGGCAGGGGGGUGGUUGAAUGAGAUGCCGUGGUGUAGAUUUAUUUUCCCCGACCUGAGUGGCUACAACCUUAUAACUAAAAUAAAUCAGCAAAUUUCUGACGUUAUCGAGGAAACAAUUGAGAAACAUAAAAGUAAAGCUGUUGAGGGAAACGACUUCAUAUAUUCAUUUUUGCAGGAAAUGAAUAAAAACAAAAGUACAUUUACGGAACAGCAAUUGAAGUUAACUUGCCUGGAUUUACUUAUAGCUGGAUCGCAGACAACGAGCAAUACAAUAGAAUUUGCAAUCUUAUCCCUUUUGCAACAUCAAGACGUUCAAGGAAAAAUAUACAAUGAGAUAAAUACUGUUUUAGGUGACACUCCAGUAUGUUAUGAAGACAGUCGGAGGUUGACGUACACUAACGCGUUUAUACUGGAAGUGCAGAGAUAUUAUACUAUAGUGCCAUUAGUCGGUCCUAGGCGCCUACUCGACGAUGUUAUCAUGGACGGAUAUACGAUACCAAAGGAGACCACAAUACUGAUGUCCGUGUAUGACUUGCAUUUCGAUCACAAAUUAUGGGACGAACCAUCCAAAUUCAAGCCGGAGAGAUUCAUAACAGAAAACGGAGAGAUAAAAAUACCAAAAUUUAUGUUCCAUUUCGGGUGUGGUCGAAGGCGGUGCUUAGGCGAUUCCUUGGCAAAGCGAUUCAUAUUUAUGGCUUUGGUGAGUUUGCUGCAAAAAUUCAAAAUCGUUUGUAGCAAUGGCACAUUGCCUCGUCUAGAACCGGUAAUAGGUUUAAUAAUGUCACCACAAGUAUUUAGCGCAGAUUUUGUGCUACGUAAAUAGAUUGGUUUUUGCAAAUCUAAGGCUCGAUUUACAUUGCUACGGUACGGAAUGGAACGGAAUCUUCGAAUUUGCGAGGAUUCUUGCAAAGUUCAUUAUGCCACGAACUGUUGAGUUUAUUGCAUGGUAUAUUUAAUGCUACAAAGUUGAAAAAACCGAUUCAGAUAAAAACGUUUAUUACGCAUGCACUACUACAAGUGGAAUAAUGCGGUUGCCGUAGCAAUAAUAGUGCUGAGGCUCUAGAGAUGUGCUCAAUACUCAUCCUCAAAUAAAAUCCAAACAUCUAUGUUUAAUUUGCUACAAAAGCGCAAUCACGAAUUUUAGCAAUUACAUUUUCAAUUAUCUUGCAUAAACAGUACACUAAACAAUUUCAGUAUAAACAACAAUAACAACUAUUUUAAAACAACUCCCAUUCGUUACAAACUAAAUACUAAACCAAUACAAUUAUUAAGCAACUUAAAAAAUAUCUUCUUACUUUCAUAAAACUUACACUGUUCAUUUUCUUCCUUGCUCUUCUCCCAUAUGUUAAAUUAUUAUAACAUUAAUCAUUUACAAAAUAAUAUGUAAGUUUACCACAAACUUGUUUAUGAAACCUUAUCUUUACACAAACUUGGUCAAUGUGUUUUGUUCGUUUAGAGUUUUCAUAAUAUUUUGCUAUGGAUAUAGCUCCUAAAUUGUCUACAAGAAGUAUAGUAUUUUCCUUGUAUCGUAGGUGUUCGCCAAUUCCUUUUAAAUUAACCAGGUCCCUUGCUGCUGCAAUAUAUUCCGACUACAUAGAAACAGCAUUAUCAUUUUUGUAUUUCAUGUACUUCUGGUGAUGGCUAUAGUUUCUUCUAUAUAACUGUCCUCGUGCUCUAAAUCCUCUCACAUAGUAGCAUUCCUUUCUUUGCAUUGAUCGACUUCGCUCCGGUUAUUGUCUUUGUCUUUGGCCUCGUCCUAGGCCUUGAUCCCUGUACUAAAAUGAAUUAUUAUAGAUAACAUUAUUAUAUAUAACAAUUGAAGAACGUAUUCUCGAAUUGUCCUUUGUUCUCUGUUUUGUUAUUAUCGUUUUUCAUUUUUGUUUCUGCGUUUAAUAGUCUUGAUUUCACGAAAUCAUAACUUAAUUUAUAAAGUGUCAUAUGUCUUCGAUAUAGUUGGUUAAAAAGCAAACUUGGUUUUCUUCGUCUAUUUUUAUAUCGAUUGCUGCCAAGCUUCAAUUUUCAUGAGAUGCUCUUGAAUCGACUCGUUGUCUUCAACCUAAGAGAUAACCCUUCCGCUCAUAAAGCUUCCUUUUUAAAUAAUAUCUGUUGUAUAAGCUCUUCCUUGCGAAAAUGCCCUCUCGGUCUUCCAGCAUUUUCUUUGCUGUUUCUACCGUUUUUACAAUAUCUAUGUAAUUUAUCCGAUAAGCAUUGGACUAUUACGGAUCGAGCUCUCGCAUCGUCUCGUUCGUAAUUGGGCAAAGUUUUACAUUUUUUUUGUACCAAAUACAUAACUUACUUGCUUCUCUUCUAAGAUUAAUUUCAGGCAAAAUUUCCACUUAUUGAAAUUUGAUUUUUCAUUUAAUAUUGGAAGCAUGAUUGCCGCAGCCGCCAUUUUCUUGUUUAUUUUAUUUUAUGUAUUUUUCCAUUUAAUUUAUUUACAAACCAUUUAUUUAUUUUUCUUGUGGAUUCAACCUAUUUAAAUGAAUAAUUACUGCUACCAUGCUGAGAUUAUUGGAUGGUAUAUUUAAAACUACAAAGUUGAAAAACCGAUUGAGAUGAAAACGUUUAGACGGGCUAUGCUCAGCCAGCCCAACAUUGCAAAUUGAAUAAUGGCGGUUGCCAUAACAAUACAGAAAUAACAUGCUGAGGUUCUGAGAUACGCUUAACACGUACAAUUUUAUUACAUAAAAUCGCUCCGAUUUCGUUACGCGGUAAUGUAAAUUGAGCUUAUGACUUAUUUAGUAGUAUUAUAUUGAAUUUGUGUAUUACUUUGAAUUACUUGGUGGUUGGUACUUGGUGCAACGGGCUGGUGCCCGCAACUUGAAUAUCUAAUAUUGAAUAAAUAUUAAUGACAUUAUAAA